AAAUAAAAACCGUUGCAGUUUUGGUGCAUAUCAUUAUUUAUUUUUUAUUUUACAUUAUUUAUACUAUUUAUAUAAAUUACAUUUAGUGAAUGUGAAUCUUUCACUUUAAAAGAACUGGAUUACUGAACCUUGAAAUAAUUGCAAGUGAAGCGCGAAAGUGCAUUCUAAAAUUAGUCCUAUGGAUUCGUUACGCUUACGACGCAUAUAGAUAGAGAAAAAAUGCCGAAGAUACCGUAUAAGCCGGAGAAAACUCCUGAUGAUGAGGAGGACUAUGAGAUUGUGUCGUUUGAGGACUUUUGCGAUAAGUCCGGGGGCUCUAAGACGGAUUUGUUGACUCUGAAUGAUAACAUAAAUUAUCGCCUUUGUUAUGAGAGUGAUAAGGGCUCUAAAUUCGAGUACGACGGCGGCGGUUGCUCUAGUCGGGACCCAGCACAGACGGAGACCUCGUUGAAUGGCUCCAAGAAUGUUACCAAGAGGAAGCUGUCAGGGUCCUUCGCCCCUUUCGGAAGAUACAAUGGAAAAACACAGAGGGGCUCCCUGUUUGGUGGAGUUAUUCCAAAGGCGAGGGCUGAAGGAGACUCUGGCUCUAGGGAGCAUAGAUACCAGCGGUUCUCAGAGAGCCGUAACAUCUGCCAGCGUGUUUGCGACAACCUGCCGGGAUUCGGGUCGGGCAUGCUGGGCGUGGCGCUGGUGUGUGCCCUGUGCGUGGGCGCCUGGUGGGCUGUUGGCGGCGCCGUGGGCGGGGCCUGGGGCGAGGAACAUUAUAGAAAACUAUGGGAGCGGGCGCAUCCUGACAACAUAAAGAAACCAUUGUCUCCAAUACCGUUUGAAAAGAAUACCCCUCCUCUUCAGGUGAACCCGGAAUAUCGUUACCACGACCACAAUAAUUUGAGCACCAAAAAUAAGAAUGCGAGUGUUGACGUCAAGAAGAAAGAGUUGAACAAGAAGAGUUACUUAGAUCUUACACCAGAGGCGCUGGCGCAGGUGUGCGGUCAGGUGUCGGAUAACAUGCGAUUUGAUUGCGCACCCGGCGGGGAUGAGGCGGUUUGUGAGAAACGAGGUUGCUGUUGGAAACCGGCGAAGACUCAAGGCGCUCCGUACUGCUACUAUCCGCCUGGCUACACUACGUUCAAGUUUCUCAACAUGACGGAGAAUAAGCACGGCAUGCGAGCCAUAUACGCCAAGGAUAGGCCUUCAGGGUAUCCGGGCGACUUCGAACUGGCUGUUGUGGACUUCAAGUACUUGUCCGAUGACUCGCUGCAGAUUAAGAUAUACGACCCAGAGCACAAACGUUUCGAGGUGCCCAUCCCGCAACUGCCGAUGGUGCCGGGACCUAUAUCCACCUUGAAGUACCGAGUGCAGUUGGACAGUGGCAGCGUCGGAUUCAAGAUUAUACGGAAUGCUGACAAUGUUACUAUCCUAAAUACCCAAGACGUGGGCGCAAUGAUCCUCUCAGACAAAUUCCUGCAGAUAUCAGCGAUUCUACCAACUGACCACAUAUUCGGAUUCGGUGAACAUCGAGACAGAUUACGAAGGGACAUGAAUUGGAAGACAUAUACCAUGUUUAAUAGGGACAUUACGCCGAUCCCCACGACUAAUCUUUAUGGCACCCAUCCAUUUUAUCUCGCCGUGGAAAAGGACGGCAAAAGUCACGGAUUGUUACUGCAGAAUUCCAAUGCAAUUGACGUAGUACUUCAACCGACGCCAGCGCUAACAUUCAGAGCCAUCGGCGGAAUACUGAAGCUGUUGGUAUUCAUGGGCCCGUCGCCCAAGGAGGUUGUGUCGCAGUAUACUGAACUGAUAGGCCGGCCGUUCAUGCCGCCCUACUGGUCACUUGGCUUCCAUCUGUGCAAAUAUGGCUACCACGAUUUGAACACAACGGAACGCGUCUGGCAGUCGAAUAGGGAUGCUGGCAUUCCUUUUGACGUACAAUGGAAUGACAUUGACUACAUGGUGAAUCAAAACGACUUUACCUACGACACCGUACGCUUCGGCGGUCUCCCAGAGUUUGUCAAGAAGUUGCAUAAUGAAGGGAUGCAUUAUGUUAUUAUUAUUGAUCCCGGUGUGAGCGCUUCAGAAAAGCUCGGCACUUAUCCCCCUUACGACAGAGGGAUUGAAAUGGACGUGUUCGUCAAGAACAGCACAAAUCAGCCGUUUAUUGGAAAGGUAUGGAAUUAUGGCACCACAGUGUUCCCCGACUUCACGCACCCGAACUCCACCAGCUACUGGGUGGAGAUGAUGACGGAGUUCCACUCCAAAGUCAACUACGACGGCGCUUGGAUCGACAUGAACGAGCCAUCAAACUUCGUCAACGGUCAGGUAGACGGGGAAUGUCUGCCAGAAAAUCUGUCAUACAAGCCUGCAUGGACGGCGCCAGAGGGGUUGAAGUACAAGACACUUUGUAUGGACGCUAUACACGCGGCCGGGGCCCAUUACGAUGUACACAACCUAUAUUCCCUGUAUGAAGCCGUCGCUACUAAUUUCGCCCUACAAGAGAUCCGCGGCAAGCGUCCGUUCAUAAUAUCGCGGUCCUCGUUCCCCGGGCUGGGGCACUACGCGGGCCACUGGAGCGGCGACGUACGCAGCACCUGGGACGAUAUGCGCAUGUCUAUACCCGAACUGCUGAGCUUCAGUCUGUUCGGAAUACCGAUGAUGGGCGCGGACAUAUGCGGGUUCGUGCAGGACACCACGCCGGCGCUGUGCAAGCGGUGGAUGCAGCUCGGCGCCUUUUACCCCUUCUCUAGGAACCACGCCGAUAUCAAUUCUAAGCCUCAAGACCCAGUAAGUCUGGGCCCAGCGGUGGUGGAGGCGAGUAUCGUCGCGUUGAGGCUGCGGUAUCGUCUGCUGCCCUACUACUACACCCUGUUCUGGCGAGCGCAUAUCAAUGGCGAUACUGUUGCCAGGCCGCUGUUCUUUGAAUCCCCAGAAAACCAGAAACUCCACGACAUAGACGAACAGUUCCUCAUAGGCCAGUACGUGAUGGUGACACCCAUACUGGACGAGGGAGCGACCACCACAAAGGCGUUCUACCCAGGCCCGCAGAAGUGGUACAACAUUGUAACCGGGGAAUACAUCGCGUGCGACAAGUACAGCCAAGUUGGGGAUCAUGAGAUGGUCGCUGUUAAGGGUGGCGCAAUCCUUCCACUGCAAGAACCACCGCUCACGGGGCCUGUGACCACGAGCAACACGCGCAGCAGGCCGAUACAGCUUCUGGUCGUCCCGGACAACUCCAACAUGGCGGCGGGACAGCUGUACUGGGACGACGGGGACAGCCUCAACAGCUACGAAGAAAGGAAGUACAGCAACAUAGAAUUCGCGCUCAAAGAUGAGGAAUUAAAGAGCAAAGUUGUCUGGUGGGGGUAUGGAGUGCCAUCAAUAAAUAACAUUACAGUUUUAGCUCAGAACUUCCCUGUCAAAGCGGCAACUGUCAACGGGAACCCAGCUCAAUUCCACUACACGGGCAAGUCGAAAAUGCUUUGUGAGACAUGUGGCUCCAAGGAAUGCAACAGGCAUGACAGUGGUAUCACCACAGACCCCUGGGUGGGGUUGCAAAUACACAAACAGUUGGAUUUGGCCAUAGAAGAUUUCUACAAUACAAUAUUGGAGCAGUUUAUAAAUUCGUGGUACAGCAAGAUUACUCUGCAGCCAUUUUUUAUUGAUGAACUGCGACACCAACUGAGAUAUGCAUCAGCAUGUCUUCUGCAAAGAGCUAUUAAGAUAAACUACUCGCGCUUUAUAACAGAGCGCCUGUUACCAUGCGCGUUGCGUCACUACACGGUGUGCGCAGAGCGACCCGACGCGGCGCUACUGGACUCCAAGCUCGCUGUCCACCCUGCAGCGGCCAGCCGGCACGCAGAGCUGCGCUACCUGCGAGCCAUCACCAACGCUAUCAUGCCAUAUCUGCUCAAGAACAAUGAGCUUGAGAACUCAGUAUUCCGCGUGCUUAUAAGGGAGAUAUUCUCGGGCUGGGUGCUCCUAUCGCUGACAGACGUGUUGGCAGACCCCUACAUACUGAACACGCUCAUAGUGCUCGCUACGGGGGACGAGACCAUGGCGCAGCUACCAGCCUCGCCCAAUUAUACGGUAGAAUUCCUCGAAACCUUCGUUCGUCAGACGGACUCGGUGUACUCCCAGCGGCCGAGGCUGCUCCGCAUGGACCUGGAGACGGUGAUCAGCGAGCAGGAACACUUUUACGCGCUGAUGCAGUACAUGAAGACCACCAGCCACAUACACCUGCUGCAGUUCUACAAGGAUAUCAAAUCAUUCCAAACGAAAAUCCUGAAUCCUGAACUAGCUCCAGACGAGGUGUCGGCCCUGCAUGCGGAGGCUUGCGAUAUGUACGAGAGGUACUUCGCCACGGAGACUGUGGUUCCCGAGGCGCUUCGCCCCUUCGCUGACGAGCUUGAACAGCUGCUGCAUUCUGAGCCUAACAGUGUUAAGAGGUUACAAACCAGCAGGGCUCUAUACCAAGCGGCGAGGCACUCUCACGGGGAGUUAGAGAAGAUUAUGCUGCCCAGGUUUUUACAUAGUGAGGAGUUCUACAAGCUCCUACUUGGUUCGCGGAUACCCACAGGCUUCCACAAACACAUGACGAGAAAACCACAGGAAAAACUCUUGCACUCAGCUUUAAAACUAGGUAACAGAAUAAAGGGGGCGUUGAAAUCUCAGGCUAUAGACGGCCAGGUGUUGGACUGCUUCACCAACGCUGAGAUAUCAGAUGGAGACAGUGUUGAGAACAUGGAUAUACUGAACUUCCUGGAUAGUAUAGCGGCCGACGACAGAGAACAAGACUUGAGUACUUGCAAAGUUGUGCUCACUAAUGUCGAGACUCGAUUGCAAGCCCCACCCCGGCGCGGCACGGUCCGCGUGUUCACGCUGGCUGUCCACCGGCUGUCCACCGCUGGAGCGCGGCUCUGGUCGGUGGAGCGCAGCGAGAAUGACUUCCACCUUCUGAGGGCUAAACUCCACGAGUUCCACGGCCACCUGCUGCAUGACCUCCCGUUGCCAAGUAGAAGAGACAACAGCCCUCUAGAAACUCUCCGGUACAAAUACGAGGAUUUCCUCCAGAGGUUGCUUCAAAAGAGCUUGCUGCAAACCAGUGAGCUCCUCCAUCUAUUCCUCUCAGUCGACGGUGAUUUCUCAAUGGUGGUACAAGCGUCGGCCCUCAGUGCCAAUGGUACAGAUUUAGCCAACAUGUACCAAACAGUGGCCCAUCGGUUGAGGAAGGAAAAGGGACAGCAUCUGGAGACGUUUUUGAAGAACUUGCUCGUGUGCUCUGAUAUGGAACGGUUUCAGGCUUUAAAACAAGGUACAACCCACGUAGAAGAAGCGCUGGAAGUAAGCGAGGAACUGGAGCCAGAGACUCUGUCGGUGCGUCGCCGUAACGUACGGAACAUACAUAGCAGUAUAUUUGGCAACAACUUGGAUUUGGAAGACGGGUACAUCGACCUGGGCGUGAGACGCGCUAGCCUACAGAAUUUAGUGCACGGGUUCACCCAUUCUUUAGUUUUUUUGUUGACAAAAGUGAUAAGAGCCCGCGGCGUGGUCUCCAACGCGGUAGGCAGCGUGUUGGGUGUGACGAAGGGGAUAGCAGAUGACGUGUUCAACGGGUACCUCAACACCGUGCUCUGUGCGCUGCUGAGCGAGAAACGAUUGGCGCAUCUGAUUAGACUGGGCCACGGUCUUCUCUUCGGCAAGAAAGCGUCAACACCGCGCUCCGACCCCGUGAAACAGCGCGAGCUAGCGCGCACCCAGCUUCUAAACAGCAUUCCUUCAAGUGCCACACUGGUGUUAGGUCCAGGCCUACCCAUAGCGGUGCACACCGCUUUCGAGAUUAUACAAAAACCACAGCUAAAUAAACAGCUGGUGUACAAUCUUCUGGACUUGUGCGUAUUAGAAUUAUUCCCCGAAUUGAGUGCCACAGAUAGUAAAUUGAGAGAACCAAAGAGUUGAGAAUGCAAAUUAUAUCCUAACGACAAAGUGAUUUCAUAUAAUUUAUGAAUUGUAUUGCUUUUAUUGUGUUUUGCUAAACGUACUUUUUAUAUUGAAAUUGUAAAUAUUUUCAUGUAUUAUAUUAAAUCUAUUUUUAUAAUAUUAGUUAGUUAAUAAAGAAUUCGUAACUUGUGCUUAAGACCUUUGUCCCGAACGACAGCUAAAUGUACCUUACUAUUUUACAUUCGAGUGAUUUCAGUGUAGAAAGAAACACCAAGAGAAUAAAUUAUUUUGAUAAAUCAG